CACACAUUUGCCUUGUUGCAUUUGGAUCUUUGGAUUGGCUGAUCAGGUUCUGCUUUUUUGCUCAGUUUUUAGAUUUAUGACUUAUCAGCAGCCGCCUCGAUCUAUGACAUUGAUAUCAAUAGGAUCUAGGAUAUGGUGUCUUCGUCUCAGCCAGUGGCCUAUGAUUCCCACCGCGCGCUCAAAGAUUCCCAUUGAAAGGCGAUCUGUUAGAGGACAGCAAAUGUCCAUUCCGCUCUUCCCAUGAUUGCUAGUACCGCACAUACAUUGGCGUGAUGAUGUUUGUGAAGGGCAGUGGGGGCAAGACCAGAAUCGCCGCCGGAGGCUUAGUGGCUCCCUUAGCACAGGGUCCCACAAAGGCCAGGGGGCUGGUGGCACUGCAUUGGCGGACAGCAGAAAUCCCCUCUUGCCCAGAAGCGAGGAUGCGCAUGCCGCUGAAAAGCAGCACCUUAGGGGGAUGUCCGUGCCUUCUAGACAACGGCCAUGUGGACGAAGCCCCUCCGCCCGACUCCUCCUUUCACAAAUAUGCGCAGCCACCCCCCCCUCCAAAAUCUUCGGGAGUCCGACUUCCAGAAGGUCCUUCGAGUGCGCGAUCUUAA